UUGUUUAAUUAAUUUUCAUAAUUUUAAUUAUUAAUAAAAAUAAACUUGUUUAGUGGUUAAUAAUUUUAAUUUGUUGAGUGACAAGUGGAGCACGUGUUCAGUGAAUUUAAAAUUGUUGAAAAAAAAUAUGAUGUGAAGUGUUGAUUAAAGUUCGAUUGAUUAAUUACGGCUGUUAAUCAUAUGAUUUGGAUUUACCUAAAAAUGAUGCUUUCAGUGAUAUCCCAAAAUUACACACUAAAGUCAACAUUGUUCUACAUAUCCCUCCUACUGAUAAUAAAUAUCUCAAACGUGGCAUCACAAUGUGGUGGAACAUCAACAGAUCGUCAAGAUAAGCUCGCCGUUUACAAAGUUAUCCUACGGACAUACUGGUCGAGAGCUCGGUUUCCACGUCACUAUCCUGAAUGGCGGCCACCUGCCCAGUUCGGCAAACUAGUUGGGCGAACUCACGAUUCAACGUACACAUUAUACCGUCUAGGCGAGCGAUUAUCACCUGGAGCAAUGCAGUACGUAGAAACAGGACGCACAGAUAGCUUGGACACAGGGGGAGACAGCCCUAAUAUCCUGGACGUCUUCGGAGGCCCGGGAAUACCCCAAGGGGAGGGCAGUACCGUGACACGUACAUUUCUGGAUGGUAAUCACACCCUGGUUAGCAUGAUGGCGAGGAUAAAUCCCAGUCCCGAUUGGUUUGUGGGAGUCGACUCAUUCCAGCUCUGUGUGGAGGGUAAUUGGGUUGAUACCGUAACUGUUGAGCUAGACCCAUUGGACGGCGGCACAGACAACGGUUUUACCUUUACGGCGGCAAAUUGGCCGACGAACCCCCAGGGGAUUGCUUACAGAAUAACAUCACGAUAUCCUGCACAUCCAGCUGGAAGUUUCUAUUACCCAAACCUACCACGACUGCCGCCAAUUGCCACCCUGACCUUUACCAAGCUGAAGGAAUACACACUAACAGAGACGUAUCACGAAGACGAAGUGGAAAUGGAGUUUAUAAGCAAUGAUAAGUCGCCGUACAAUCUAGCAGUUGCGACUCUCAGGGGAAUCGAUCCGAACCGUGACUUGAACGAAGCGAUUGCAGAAGAGCGAAAGGAAAUGGACACUCAGAGAUACAGGUACUGGACAUCUGGGCCAACAAAUCCGUUGGUAACAGAUUAUCCAGUAGAUAAUAAAGCCGCUAUAAUGGAUAGCAUUGCAUCCUCGUACAGCUUGGGACUGUCAAGAGCACGUUUCCCAGCAACCCCUACAUCCUUGCCAGGACAACGCUAUCACGUUAUUCCAAGUCUGAAUUUUAAUCUGGCUAACAGCCAGGACUCCAGGACCAGACAAGAGAUCAUGCAGCGUAAGAGCGCUGAUGCGCUAAUGGAACGCCAGAAGGAGCAAAUUUACCAGGAUAUUCAAAGAAGGAUCGCAAAUGCCACCAAUAAUAAUAAUAAUAAUAAUAAUAAUAAUAAUAACAGAAAUAUCGCAAAUAUCAGCAGCAACAACGUUGAUUUUAACACAACACGCUCUUAUAGUGACGAUAAUAUCAUUACGAGUACAAAAGAAACGCACAAAUUCAGGAAGCAGCAUCGAUUUGCUAAAGGAAAACAUUUUCGACGACGAAUCCCUCGGGACUGCAAAGUAGGAGAAUGGGAAGCAUGGAGCGCUUGUAGUCGUAGCUGUGGAGUAGGAGAAACACAACGAGUGCGGAAAAUUACUGUUAAACCACGACGAGGUGGCGCUCCCUGUCCGCCACUCAAAGAGACAAAAUGGUGUGGAAGCGUCACUCCUUGCCCUGAUAAUAAUAACAAUAACAAUAAACCGAUUGUCGAUAUAUUUUCUUGGUAAAAUAAAAAAAAAACAACCGAAUAAUUUUGAAUAAUUAUUUUUGAAAAUUGAAAUUUUUUGGACAAAUGCAUUUAAUUUAUUUACAAUUUCUUUUUAUGUUUAAAGAGGCAUUUGUUUUUAUUUCAGAAGCUUUUUAAUUAGUUACAAAUUUAGAUUAUAUUUAAACUUUAUGACUUUAUGACAAUCUGGGCAAUUUUUUAAAAGUGUAAACUUUUAGAUUUGUAAUUUCAACAGUAAAGUUUCAUUCUUUAAUUAAUGAAAUAACAAUUAUCAGUACCUUGAUAUUUAGAUGCUUUCGAGCUUUUAUGAAAAAAAAACUAUGUUCAGUCUUGUAAGAAAAAUUUACGUAAACGAUGUAUAAGAUCUAU